UUCCUUGCUUUCAUCAAGCAUCAGUGCAUGUUUGAAAUCUGAUGAAUAUGCCAUGCUUAAUAAUUGAAGAAACAACACAGUUUUGCCUAUAAAAUGGAAGCUCUAAGUUUUUCUCUUAUAAUCUCCCAUGUACAUAUAUGCCAUAGAGGUUUAGUCUUGAAGAUGGAUGCUCUGGAGAGGACUGCCACAGCCAAUUAUGACUGCUUGCUCUUUGAUCUGGAUGACACUUUAUACCCGUCGAGCUCAGGUCUUAACUUGGCUUGCCGCAAGAACAUAGAAGAGUUCAUGUUGAAGCACUUGAAUAUGGAUGAAAGAGAUGUACCGAGGAUGUGCUUGGAAUUGUACCGGGAAUAUGGAACAACAAUGGCCGGUCUAAAGGCUCUUGGCUAUGAAUUUGACAACGAUGAGUUUCAUGCUUACGUUCAUGGAAAAUUACCAUAUGAGAAACUGAAGCCCGAUCCUAUGCUGAGGAACCUGCUGCUUUCCAUGCCACAGCGUAAAAUUAUUUUCACCAACGCUGAUCAGGCUCAUGCAGUUCAAGUUCUUAGUAGGCUGGGAUUGGAAGAUUGUUUUGAAGGCAUUAUAUGCUUUGAAACUUUGAACCGUCCCCCUACUGAACCCCCUGAAAACAUGGAUGAAUUAAAUGGUGAUGCACUUCUUGCUGGAGAUGAACAAGACCCAAGUCUUGACACACAGGAUAUGGAGGAUAACAGUAUAAGCUACAAGCCAAGAAUCCUCUGUAAACCCUCGCUGGAAUCUAUUGAAGCUGCAAUUCGGAUUGCCAAUGUUGACCCAAAGAAAACAAUUUUCUUUGAUGACAGUGCUCGGAACAUUGCAAGUGGAAAAGCAGCAGGCCUUCACACUGUUAUUGUUGGGAGCUCAGCAUUGGUGGAUGGAGCAGACCAUGCCUUGAGCAGCAUCCACAACAUCAGAGAAGCAAUUCCAGAAAUAUGGGAAGCUGAAGGAAAGCAACUUAAGCAGGUUAUCCGGCCCUCUUCAGUCGAAACUGCAGUCCGUGCCUAGAUGGUGGCUGAUAUUUCAAGUCAGCGUUUACGUUAAUCCCGCUGUAAGUCUCUAAUCUGUCACUCCAGAAAACCCAAUAUUAUUAUCAGGUGGCUUUGUAUCAAAUAUGCACUAUGUACGCAACCCAAAAUAAUGGGGCAAAGGCCAAUAAUAAAAUUUUAAAAAAAAAAAAGGCUUGAAAUUGCUGUGUUAUAGUUUCUGUUAA